GCUCACCAGUGCCUAGUGGGAAGAUGGCGGCAGAGAGGAUGCUGCUGUGGUUAGUGACUGUGCUACAGGCGCUGUCGUCUUAUGGUGCAGAACUCUCUUCAGAAGCAUGCAGAGAUCUUGGCUUCUCUAGCAAUCUUUUGUGCACUUCUUGUGAAUUGCUUGGACAGUUUGGUCUGAAUGAGAUCAACUUAUUCUGCAGGCAGUGCUGCCAGGAAGAAGUACACCUAGAGUCUAAAAAGAGAUAUCCAGGUGCUGUACUUGAAGUCUGUGGAUGAAAAUUGGGAAGGUUUCCUCAAGUCCAGGCUUUUGUCAGGAGUGAGAAACCCAAACUUUUCAAGGGUCUGCAGAUCAAGUAUGUACGUGGCUCUGACCCUGUCCUAAAGCUUCUGGAUGAAAAUGGGAACAUAUCUGAAGAACUGAGCAUACUGAAAUGGAAUACAGAUAGUGUGGAGGAAUUUUUAAGUGAAAAACUAGAUAGAUUAUAAAGAGUUUUUUCUAUUUUUAGCCUUUAAUUUGAAAAGUUUCAUGUACAAAUUCUGCUUCUGAGGUCAUAACAUCUAGCAUUAUUUUGCAUUUAUAAAAUUCAUUGGCAGCAUUCCAUUUUUAAGUGCAUAACCCUCUGAGUGGCCUAGCCAGUGGUAAAGAUUUACUACUGCAGCUGUCUGUGUACUGAAAGAAGGUUUUUGCUAGUGGAAUAGAUACAGCUCUUUCCAGUGGAAGCAUUCUUACACUAAUACUUUAUAGAUCAAAUAACAUUUUUAAGUAGCCAAAUAUGUAGGGUUAACAUGCUGAGAAAAAGAGACCCCCCACCCCAUAAGCUAUGUGUGCUUGUCAGGUGACAGUUGUAGGAAACUUCCAUACAUGUUUCCAGGCAGCUAUCACCUGACUGCCCCUGGCUUAUCCGGAGCUUUCAGUCUAUACAGAUCUGUUUUAAAGUGCAAGACAGAUGUAUGUGAUGUUGCCAAAGACCUUGUUAAAGUGGUAGGCUUUUUCUUUUUUUAAUUGCACAAAACAGGCAAAAAUAUUAAACUGCAAGGUAGUCCUAAUCUGAUGCCUUGUUCGUAUGAGCACAAUCAAAGCAAAUUAUCUGCCCUCUGUAUAAACCAAAAAAACCCUCUUUCCUUUCUGAAAUGUUUAUCUUUUAUGAUAAGGAACAGCUCGUUAUACAGAGCCUUCUGUAUUGAUCAUUUAAAAAAAAAAAAACCUAUUGUAAAGGAAUGCUAGAAACCUUUAGCUGAGACAAAAUGUAAUGUGCACAACUAUCUGACCCUCACUUGUAAAUGAAACUUUUUGACAUGUAUAACAAAAUAUGUUGGGCAAUUUUAGGAUGAGGAUGCCAAACGUAGUCUGUAAACUUGCACCAUUGCCAUUAGAUUAUCAUUUAUAUUGUGCAUUUCAGUGUUUUCCGUGCACCAUACCAUAAACACAGGGUGGAUUCAGUAAGUUAUUUCAACAUUGUUUAUAAACAGACUUUUUCUCUUUGUUACACUUCUGUACAAUUUUAGAAGCCUUAAAUGUGUUUAAAGGGAAAGCAAACACCACUGAAGCUUUUGCCUCUAGUCCCAGUGAACAUUCCUUAAUCACUAUUUCCUCGAAUUUCCUUUUUGCUAUUUUUGUGUGCUUUAAAAACAGAGCAGUUUGUGCUGAGAAGUGGGCUACUCACAAUAAGUACUAAAUUAUUUUCACUCAAAAUACUGUGUGCACAAUGUUUGCUCACCCAAUUUGUAUGCACACUCGUGGCUAAGAUGGAUCAGUGUCCCCAUUCCUAGUUGCUGCACUCGCUGCUUUCACCAACAUGGUAGCUGCUAUAGCUGCAGUUGGAAGGGGGGCCAGGAGGGCUGUAUACUGGGUCUAAAGCCAAAGAUUUGAUUGGAUUCUUUCUUUCAAAAAAAAAAAAAAAAACUUAUUUGAAUUUUACCCUGUCUUUUGGUGUCAUAAAUGCUUCCAUUUGCAUUUUUGUAUUUCUGGAUUUUUCUAAAUGUGUCUUGCAAACGCAGGAUCCGCUCUGGAUGUGCUGUUUUGUUAUUAAGAGAGAACUCCUGUUUGUUGUAUUAGGUGUAACCCAUUAAGGCCAUACACGCUUGUGAAGACUACACAGUAAACCUUUACUGGGCUUGUGGAUGUCUGAUGUUCUGUGUAAUGUGUCUAAAUGUCUUGCUCUAUUGCAGCAAAUCGGAGUUAGAAUGGAUGAUUUGUUGCUGAAAGAAAUAAAAACAAGUUUCUAAACUGUU